AUGACGACACAUAAAAUGCUUAAUGUAAUUCCUAGCACAUUUAAUGACUCCGGCCCUGGUCUCCCGUCGCCUCCAGGCCUCUUCGGGGGACUCGGGCCUCUCGGAUCUGCUCCCCGGAGCUCGCCGCUCCCCCAGUCUGGCUUGGCGAGGGCGCCCACCGUCCCGGCCCGCACCCCGCAGGCCCGUCACCAGGCAACAGUCACCAGCUCUAUGGGCAUUGGGAAGGCCUACCCUGGGCGCGGGUCCUUCCCUCUUCCCUCCACGCUAGCCUUAAGAGCCCAGGAGGGAGUGUGGCAGGUGAAGGAGAUCGCCCGGUGCCCGUGGGCGGUCACUCACCUCUUCCCUUCUUUCCCCGGAGGGGCGGUGCUGGGGCUCGUUUCCCCCGCCCCCCCCAAACGCUUCCUGGCGGCUCCUGUUCAGCCUCAGAGUGUGGCCGCCGCCGCCAGCUUACUCCAUAGCCUCCUCCACUGUACUCAGGGGCGGGGUUACAAGCCGGGGGAGGAGCCGGAGCGCGAGCUAGAGGCGGUUCUUUCGACCCUGCGGUUCCGUAGCCUGGUCAGCCGGAGCGGGGUUCCCGGGCCAUGACGGAGCGGGAGGAGUUUCGUGAGCCCUAGCGGUACCUUCUGUCGGAAAAGGAGACAGAGAGCCCUAUUGUUGCACAUUCUAAUGAAUCAUAAAGUAUUUGAACCAGUAGGAAUGAAGCUAUUGGAAAAUGAAAAGGAAUUAGAAUUUGAAAAUUCAAACAGUAGUCUCUACAGAUUUCUAGGCAAUAAAUCAUCUUAUAUUUUUUGCAAAAGAGAAAAGGAUUCUGCGAAUGGGCUCACUGAUGAAAUAAAAGUGAAGGAAUCUUUAAGACCAGGAAAUUAAAUGAUUUCAAAUCCUCUAGCACAAGAGAUUAGUGAGGAAAGAAUAAAGGAACUUAUUCAUACAAUGAGUGGGAAUAUGGCUUUACCUUCAAAUAUCAUAUUUGACAAAACUGUUCUCUCACUUUCAAAAGAAGAGUGCGAGGUAGUUAAUGGAAAUGUUAACUAUCUAUUUGUUUUUGUUUUUAACUCUGGGGUUGACAACUGGUUUAUUAAUGCAUCAUUUAAAUGUCUGGAUACUUUCCUACCAGUUAUAGUUACAGUUAAUCAGCAGUUAGUACCAAAAGGAAAGACAAGACUGGGUACACAAAAGAUACUCUUUGAUGUCAUAAUAAAAUACUAUAAUCAGAGAGAUUGCCUAUUAACUGAUGAGUAUUCUGAUAUUCAGUCAGGAAUUAUUGAACUUUAAGAAAAUGGGAAAAGAAUAGAAGCACUUGAAACAGCAUAACUGUAUCUAAGAUUGUUACUGCGCAAUGUUAGAGAAGAAUCAUGAGGGCUACUUACCUUUAUAACUCUUGUAUCAGAACCUAAUACCCACAAAUUAAAGAAACAGUAUGAUAACAAAACAGUGAUCCUGAAAAUUCUUGUCAAAUCAAAGCAGUUUUGCAAAUGA